AUGGCUUUUAAGACUAGUGUUGUUGUAUCUUUUGUGUUUUUUAUUUAUGCAAUUCAAAGUGUUGGUGGAAGAAAACUUUUGGAAGAGGAGAAGACAACCCUUGGAUAUGGUGAGGGGGUAAGCAAAGUUAGAGGAAGUGUUGGGUGUGAUGUUGGAGAAGGAACUUGUGGUGAAAUUAGAGGAAAAAAAAUGUUCGAUGGUGGUAUUGCAGGAAACAGAGGGUUAGAUGAUGUCAACAGAGGGCAAGGUGGCUUCAAUUUUGAUAUAAUUUUUGGACCUCCAACAAUAAAUGAAACCAAAGCUUCAGACACACCUUUAGUUGGAGACUCAAAUGAUAAUGGAGCAAUGAGCAUGGGGGGAUCUGCAAAUGGAAAUGGAAUCGGAGCUGCAGCUGGAAUUGGAGCAGGAGCUGGAGUUGGAGCUAAUGGACCUGGAGCCGUAGCUGGACUUGGAGCUGGGGCCGGAGCUGGAGCCGGAGGUGGAAAUGGAGCUGGAGCUGGAGCUGGAGCAGGGGCUGGAGCUGGAGCAGGAGGAGGGGACGGAGCCGGAGCCGGAGCCGGAGCCGGAGGUGUAAUUCCUCCCUACACUGCACCUUCUCCUGGAGAUGCACCUCCUCCUGCAUAUGUAUAUAUAUGUGGCUACUGCCGAAUAUAG